AUGUCUUCGCGAAGAGUAUGUUAUAUCGUCUCCAACGACCUCGUAAAGGCUUCAUCUUUGCUACCUUCAAACAAAAACAGGUCUCUGUUAGUUCACACGCUAGCGAAAGCUUACGGACUAUUGUCACCACGCGAGCCGGAAGGCAGCGGUAGCGCCACCCUCACAGUACUUCGACCCAUACCUGCAGACACAAAGGAGCUAUCCGCGUACCACGACCGAGAUUACCUCGAGUUCGUCCUGAAAUCUAACCAAGCUCCAUCUGAGGAAGAUAUGAAUGCCGAGUUUGGGAUCGAAGAAGACUGCCCUGCGUUUCCUCAUCUGCCGGAGUAUGUGCGGCUAGUUGGUGGAGCAACUCUAAUAGCUGCAAAGGCUCUUCGCAACAACCAAGCCGAAGUGGCUAUAUGCUGGGAUGGCGGAAGACAUCAUGCACAGAAGUCCCGCGCAUCAGGAUUCUGCUACGUUGCCGACUGCGUGCUUGCAAUCCUAACGCUAAAGCGACCUAUACCAGCCACUCCCAGCCCAUUGAAGCCCCGGGUCAUGUAUCUCGACCUCGACCUACACUUCUCCGACGGCGUCUCGCAGGCCUUCCACUCCAUCUCAUCUGCCUCCUCUUCGCCACAAGUGCUCACAUUCUCGGUCCACCACACGGCGCCUGGCUUCUUCCCUGUCUCCGAACACUCGGUGCUGUCCGAUCCUACCAGCCCUUCCUUCGACCCCUUCGCGCUUUCCCUACCCCUAGAGCGCGGGGCGUCCAACGCAACCUUUGCACGAGUAUGGAACAUCAUAGACCGGGUGAAGGACGCAUUCAGACCGGACUACGUUGUCGUACAGUGUGGAGUCGACGGGCUCGCAGGCGAUCCGUACGCCACCUGGAACUGGUCACUUGGCGACGGAGACGGAAGUUUAGGCUGGUACAUUGAUAAUAUAUGUCGCUGGGGGUGCAAGACGUUGCUUCUGGGCGGAGGCGGAUACAACUCGCCCAAUGUUGCGCGUGCUUGGACAUACUUCACGUCUAUCGCGCUGGAUCGCCCCCUUUCUCUCGAGGCGGACAUCCCUGACCACUCCGCGUUCCCUCUUUACGCGCCGUCGUUCAUCCUCGACGUCCCGCCGGGCAACACCCAAGACCAGAACACGGCAGAGUACUUGCAGCACGCGGAGAGCGUGUUCGCGCAGAUCACAGAGACGAUACGCGAGAGAGUAGGGACUUCUGAACAGCGCGCAUAG